AUACCGCAGUAAUUUCCAGAGAGGUCGACAUUUGCUAUGAGUGGACCGAGAAAGCCAGGAGCUGGGAUCAUCUCAGAGAAAAUGACUUAUGAAGAGCGGCUAUUUCAUUAUGCUUAUACGAUAGAGGAACCGCAUUUCCUGGCAUUCCGUGGAUUGCAAAAGCUCAACAUAGUCCGUCUCCAAAAUGAAUUGGCAAGGAAAAAGGGUAACACGUGGACAAACAUGGCAGCGUCUGACGAUGUUACUCGAGAUCUCAGUUCAACUUUGCACCAGUAUGCCGAUGCAAUUCGAGAUUAUGCCUUUUUCUCUAGCCUUCAAAAUAUUACCGGAUCUCAGGCACAUGAAAAGCGUCAAGAUCUCACAUUUGCCUUUCCCGAGAUUGCCACCUUACCAGGGGAUCCCUUCAACUCAGUUUAUCGUCGUCUCCCAGAUCAAUCGUUGAUACCAGUCGACCCUCUGAGGAAGUGGCUCAAAGCGCAUCUCCCAUCUCAACUGACAUAUACCAAGCGCGAGCUACUCCUUCGCACAGACGAGUAUCUCAAAGGCGAGCCACCAGAACAAGUUUCUCUCUUCGUCGAUAAACUUGCACGAUUUAUAGUCGCCUUUACUGGUGGAAUCAGUCUUGUAGUUCCCAUGCUCAUUAUAAAAAUUGGGAAGAAUUUGACGAAGAGUUUAGUGACGACGAGUAUAGCUGCGGUAUUGUUUGCUGGAAUCACAAGUCUCGUCCUCCGCGCAAAUAACACGGAAACCGUCGCAGCAACUGCAACAUACGCAGCCGUGCUUGUGGUUUUUGUUGGGACAAGUGGAUGAUAGAUCGAGUUGGAUAUUUUGACUAUUGAAAAUGAAUUUGAGACAUAGCUUUUGGUCCACCAGUGGGUGUACAGACUCACGGGACAGUACAAAAAUAAACUUGUGAAUAUCUUUUGAUAUAUUGAAUCAUUUAUUUUAGGAAUUGUUACAAUUCUUGAAUAGAGAUGAAACAAUCAAAACACGAAUUCUGAUAU